ACUGCUGGGCACUGACUGGCACAACCACUGGGCACUGACUGGCAGCACUGCAUUGAUGGGCACUGGUGGUUGGCACUGGUGGGCACAGGUGGGUGGCACUGCUGGGCACAGGUGGGUGCACUGCUGGGCACAGGUGGGCGGAACUGGUGGGUGGCACUGCUGGGCACCAAUUAUCAGGGCACUGAUCAUCAGUGCCCUGAUGAUCGGUGCCGAUCCCUGCUCUGACAACUGCCGGUUUUCGGCAGUACUUUCCCCUGCGCUCUGACAGCAUGAGGAAAGUGCAGCCGAGAACCGGUAAUUGUAU